GAUAAGCGAUCAAUGAGUUCAAUACAAAUGCUAUGUAUUGUAAACAUUCAUGAAAUACAUUAUCAAUGAUUUGCCGCCAAAACUACAUAUGAUUUGAGUCAACAAUAAGUGACAACAAAUGUUAAGCCGAUUUGUGUGACCAUUCGGGACAUCACUUUGUGUGGACAAAAGCAGUCGGUAUUUGUCGCACACAAUGCAUAUUAAGUCAAUAGUGUUGGACGGCUUCAAGUCGUAUGGCGUCCGCACAGAGAUCGACGGCUUUGACAACUUAUUUAACGCCAUCACUGGUCUGAACGGUUCGGGAAAGUCCAAUAUUUUGGACGCCAUAUGUUUUGUGCUCGGGUUGUCCAAAAUGGAGUUGGCCAGAUGUACCAAUUUGCGGGAACUCAUCUAUAAGAAUGGUCAGGCAAAUGUGACCAAAGCUAUCGUUACCAUCACUUUUGAUAACAAAGACAAAAAUCAAAGUCCUAUUGGUUUUCAACAAUACGACGAAAUUGUCAUCAGAAGAGAGGUCAAUGUCAACAGUCGGUCCAAGUAUUGGAUUAAUGGUUUCAGUGCCAACAAUCAACAGGUGUCGGAUCUGUUUCAUUCAGUGUCCCUCAACAUCCAUAAUCCACACUUCCUUAUAAUGCAGGGACGCAUCACUAAAGUUCUUAAUAUGAAACCAAAUGAGAUCCUAUCGAUGGUCGAGGAAGCGACUGGUGUUAGUAUGUAUGAGGCGAAGAAAAAGUCAACGCAGACUAUGAUUGAAAAGAAAGAUUCAGCGCUUCGAGUGAUCGACGCUUUAAUCAAUGAGACAAUUGUUCCCAAAUUGGAUCAGUUAAAGAAAGAACAAACGGGUUUAAUAGAGUUUCAGAGGAUAAGCGCAGAAGUAGAGGCACUGACCAAAGUCUUAAUUGCCUAUCAAUUCAUGAAACAUAACGAAACUACACAAAAGGCAUCCGCAAAGAUUGAUGACAAGAAUAACGAGAUUAAUGAUAAUCAAAGACUUAUAGAGCAAACUGAAGAAGAAGCCAAAUGUAUUGAAGACAACAUUAGAUCAAUUGAGAGAAAAAAAGAUGAAGAAUUAGGUGGAAAAUUGAAUCAAUUGGAGGAACAAUUAAAAACUGAACAAUUGUCUGAAGCAAAACAAAUGGGAGAAUUGAAUCUUGCAGUCGAAGAACUUAAGGAUAAGGAAAAGAAAGAAUUACAACUCUCCAAAAACUUAGAGAGCGAUCGCAAGAUAACGACGUCUAAAGAAAAACAAUUGAAUUCUUGUAACGAAAAACUUGAAAAACUCAAAGCAGACGCUCAAGAAAAAGAAGAGAAAUUGAAAAAAGCUGAAAAAGAUUUUGAAGAUAUUAGUGCCGGUAAAUCACGCGCUCAAGAAGGAGAAGCAGCGGCUACUUUGGCCGACCAAUUGAUGACAGCAGAGAAAGAAGUGUCAACUGCUAGUGUGGACUUUAAAAAGGCUGAAAUGAAAAUAAAACACAUGAAGAAUGAUUUGAUUAAAAAAGAAAAAGAAGUAAAUAAUGUUAAAAACACUUACGAUAAGGAUAUGAAAGAAAUAAAUUCACGAAACAGUGAAGUCAACAAAUUGAAGGCCAAUCUCAAUAGCAUUGGAUUUGAUGAGAAUAAACAUUCAGAAUUAAAAACACAAAUAAAUCAAUUGAAACAUCAAAUCGACGGAUUGUCCAAUGAAUUAACAAAUUCUGAAUCACGUAUUAAUGGACUUCGUUUGGAGUAUAAGGAUCCGCACCCGAACUUUAAUCGCGAUAAUGUUAUCGGUGUGGCCUGUAAUCUGUUUUCUAUUAAUAAUAUGGACUAUUCAUUGGCAGUGGAAAAGGCCGCCGGAAACAAACUAUUCAAUGUUGUGGUCAGAGAUAGUCAAACGGCAAAAGCAAUUCUCGAAAGAGGACAACUCAGAGAUAGAAAAACUUUUAUACCACUCGACAGAAUUAGAGGUAUAAAUAUUGAUCCAAAAGUACUAAAGAAAGCACAAGAUUUGGUCGGUCGCGAUAAUGUUAACUAUGCUAUCAAUUAUAUAAACUAUGAUCAAAGUCUUCAUGAGACUAUGAAAUAUAUUUUUGGUGACACAUUAAUUGUUCCCAAUAUGGAAGUCGCCAAAAGAGUCUGUUAUGCUCCAGGAGUCAAAAAAGUGACCGUCACUUAUGAUGGCGAAGUGUUUGAUCCAAGCGGUACUCUUUCUGGUGGUUCUGUAGCUCACGGAACGCAAUUGUUGACAAAAAUUGCUGAAAUUAAUAACAAAAAGAGAACUAUAGAAGAAAUGAAGAAUAAUUAUUAUGAAAGUGAAAGAGAAUUUCGAGAAAUAGACAAAAACUUGAAAAAAUAUACAGAACUUAAACAGAAUUAUGAACUAAAAGCCCUCGAAGCAGAUCUCAUUCAGAAAAGGUUACAACAGGGAAGUAGUGCUCAUAUAAUAAUGCAAGAAAUUGAAGAGUUGAAGACAAACUUGAUUAAUGAACAACAGAUAUUAAAAGAUAGUGAAGAUAUUAUGAAGAAUUCAACAAAACGUGUCAAUGAUUUGAAACUAAAACUUAAAGAUUCAAAAUCUAUUCGCGAGAGGGAACACAAAGAAUCCGAACAAAACUUGAAAAUUGCUCGAAAUUUGGCCGAAAAGGCGCAUAAAUUGUUGACCGAAGAUCAACAAAAAGUGGAAUUGUUUCAAAUGGAAAUCGAAGACCUAUCAAAACAAAUGAAUUCAUACGAACAACAACUCAAUCAAUACAAUACUGAGAUUGAGGACAAACGUUCAGAAGUAGAAGUACUUCAACAACGAGUUAAUGAUGUGAAACAAAGAGUUGAGACAAACAGUUCGCAACUUAAAGAACAUAAAAGAAAACUGAAAUCACAUUCCGAUGAAAUCUCAAAAAUGCAGAAACAAAGAGAAACUGUUCUCAAACGCGCACAGGAAUGUCAACUCAAGAUCAAAGAAAUCCAGUUUGAUAUCCAAAAGAUUAAUAAAGACUCUAAAGAAUCGGCACAGACUGUCAAACAUAUGAUCAAAAAGUAUCAAUGGAUUGAUGAAGAAAAGCAUCUGUUUGGUGAUGAAAGUGCUGGUUAUGGGUUCAAUCAUUUUAAUCAUAACGAAUCCAACCGACGAUUAGAAAGAUUGAAAUCAGAGAAGUCAUCAAUGGCUAAGACUGUUAAUAUGAGGGCUAAUAUUAUGUUAAGCGAUAAAGAAAAAGAAUCGUUAGAAUUAUCGCGAAGAAGAGAAAUUGUGUCAACAGAUAAAAGCAAAUUAAUUAAAUAUAUGCAAGAAGUGGACCAAAAGAAAAAGGACGCACUUUUAGAGGCACACAAAAAGAUUAAUAUUGACUUUGAAUCCAUUUUUUCUACGUUUUUGCCUAAUUCUGUGGCACAACUUGUAGCACCUGAUGGUAAAGCUGUGACCGAUGGACUUGAAGUUAAAGUUGCUUUCGGUAAUGUCUGGAAAGAAUCGUUAACUGAACUGAGUGGUGGUCAGAGGUCAUUGGUUGCUCUGUCACUGAUAUUAGCUUUACUUAAGUUCAAUCCGGCGCCGCUCUAUAUUCUUGAUGAAGUGGACGCAGCAUUGGAUCAAAGCCACACACAGAACACCGGUAUUAUGAUUAGGAAACACUUCAGAAACUCACAGUUUGUAAUCGUCUCACUAAAAGACGAUAUGUUUAACAACGCGAAUGUACUCUUCAAGACUAAGUUUGUCGACGGUAUGUCUCACGUGACACGACUUACAAGAAAUAAAUAA